UGCAAUCCGGGCCGGGUCAUUUGGUUCCCUCGGGCAUCCAUCCACGGGUUCUGAGUGUAGGGUUCCUCUUCUCUUCUUUCCUAGAGGCGUCAUCGCGUGUUGCUUGCUUUCGCUCUUCGUCUCUUUUGGUGCUUCAUAGUAACGCGGCGAGCUAUUUCUUCGCGGGAUUCGGCUCUCGGUCGCUCCUUCCUCCGUCGCCGUUCGAGUGCGUGCAAUGGAUAUUAUCUCUCAGCUGCAAGAACAAGUAAAUACUAUGGCUUUGCUUGCCUUGAAUACCUUUGGAACCUUGCAGAGAGAUGCCCCACCUGUCCGAUUGUCUCCUAACUAUCCUGAGCCAGCCACUAAUCCCUCAUCAGCAGAGGAGACCCUCGACAUCGUUGAGCAGCCUAAGAUGAUGAGCACGGCUCUUGUUCAAGCUGCAAAGAAGUUUGAUACACUUGUUGCUGCAUUACCAUUGUCAGGAGAAGAAGCUCAGCUGAAACGAAUUGCAGAACUCCAGGCAGAGAAUGAAGUUGUAGGUUUGGAGCUCCAAAAACAACUGGAAGCUGCAGAACAAGAACUGAAGCAGGCUCAGGAGCUCUUUAAUCUAGCAGCAGAUAACUGUUUGAACUUAAAAAAACCCGACUAAUAUCUCUGCAAGUCCUCCUCCGACGCCUCCGGUAUGCGCUGCAGGUUCGGCCUCCACCGCCGCCGGCGUUGUGCACGGUACACGACGACGCCUGCGCUCAUGACCCUCGUUCGUCGGCGUGCGUCAGCAAUCUCUGCAGCUGCUUC